CAUACGCAAGCUUGGGGAAAGGGUUAUCCGAAAUUGCUGACCGAGUGCUACUCAUCCAGCGGCGAGCCGAGUGCUGCUCGAGGACCGAUCAAUCCGACCGCGGAGUUCACCUAUACGUUUAUGCUCAAACUAUUCCUCGAGGUACGAAAAUUGUUUCCGGAUAGAUUGAUGCAUUUGGGUGGAGAUGAAGUCAAUCNGCAUUGCUGGUCCUCGAAUCCAGACGUUAGACGAUUUAUGCAGGAGCACAAAUUUGGUGAAAACUACUCGUUGUUACAAACAUAUUACUUUGAACGAAUAAUCGAUAUGCUGAAGUUAACCGAAAAACCGAAGCAGUCUUUCACACCGGUUGCUUGGCAAGAAGUGUUCGAUCGAGGUUUCCGAGGUGAUAAUCAAACUGUGUUUCAAGUUUGGCUACCAGGGGACUGGAGACCGAAAAUGAAGGAGAUCACCCGAGCAGGUUACCGUGCUCUGCUCUCCAGCUGCUGGUACUUGGAUAUAAUCUCGUAUGGGAUUGAUUGGCAUCCAUACUAUUUGUGUGAUCCAGGUAAUUUCAAUGGUACCAUGGAAGAACAAUCUCGCGUACUUGGUGGAGAAGCAGCACUUUGGGGGGAAUUUGUGGACGACACCAACCUGUUUAGCCGUGCUUGUCGAGGUUGGGACGCGGAACCACCAAAUGGUCCCGGAUUUUGUCCACCCUGA